AGAAUCACCAUUGACAGCCGAAGCACAACUUUUCCCCAGGCAAAGUGAAAUCAAGCCGCGGACACGGACACAAUCUAGUCCCCGCUUUUCAACUGAAAUUAGUGGAAAUUUGGCGUCGCAGCCCCCCCGUCAGAGCCAGAGUCGCUCGUUCGUCCCCCGGAGAGGAGCCACCCGCGGCCCGACGCCUUUGUGCCGGUUUCCGAGCACUUUUUGGAGACUGGCGGAAAGUCGGUGAUGAGUCCCGGGCUGCCAAAGAAGCGAGAACUUGCUCUCCGAGCCGAGUAGUUGUUCUUCGGCUUGUUAUUGUUGCUCGAAACCCCCCCGAAUUGCCCCAAAGUUGGCGUCGCUCGCGUCGAAAGUGGGAGCAAAGUGCUUUUGUGGACGGAACAUGGAAGUACAAGGCCUGCAAGAGGCGCUCCAAGUCGAAAUCCAAUGUCAUCAGAAUCCGACGCUGUGCAAAGGCCUGAAUGAACUUCAGAACGGGCAGAAGAUGGCGGUGCGGAGUUGCCCGGUGGGUGCGACCAAGCCGCUAACUCUCAUCAAGCCCACGAGCCAGGGCAUCGCCAUCUCCAUGGUCCCGACUCCCGUCGCCGCGGUAACGGCGCACAUCAACGGGCAGAAGACGCCCGGCUCCGAUCCGCCGCAGACGUUGCCCGUCAACCUACAGACGGGCGGGAGGGUGGCGUUCGGGGUCGGGGUUCGCCCGCUGGGCGGCAAGAGGGCCUUGGAGCUUCCUCCCGCACAGAUGUUGGGCUCGCUCACGUCCGUUCCCGUCAAGGUGCCUCAAGUCAGCUCGCUGCACCGACUGGCCGGUCAAGCCGCCAGCGUGCUCCCUCAGGUCAGGCCAAAGACGCUGAUUCCGGACAGCCUCCCCCACAGCCCGUGCCCGGACCCCCCGCAGCCGCGGACCACCUCCGCGCUCAACCACCCGGGCCCCACCCUGCCCACCCCCAACUGCACCCUCAGCCCCCACCGGCAACCUUACGACGGCGGCGCCUCGUCCCUCGCCGGCGAGGCGGGCGGCCCCGCCCAGCACGCCUCGGCGGGGGCCGGCGUGGCCUACGCCAUCAUCGCCGCCUCGCCGGCCAACGGCAACGGAGUGGCCGCCGUCAGCGAGGCCGUCGAGGUGAUCAUCAUCCAGCCUCAGGCCCCCGGCAGUAGCGAGGGGGGGUCGCUCCCCCUCCCAUCACAAGAGCCCCCGCCCGCCCCCACCAAGAAGAUCGACGAGGACCCGGAGAAAAUUGCUUUCAUGGUCUCACUCGGACUCGUCACCAACGAGCACCGGGAAGAAAUUCAGCUGAAGAGGCAGGAGAGGAAAAGGCGAAGCACAGCUAACCCCGCCUACAGCGGCCUCUUUGAGCCAGAGCGCAAACGUCUGGCGACGCAUUACCUGAACAGCCCGCUCUUCUCGUCGGCACGAGACUCUGAGGAUUUCUGCUGGAAGGACGACGUGGAGCAGGACGAGCGCUGCGCCGUGUGCCGCCAGGACGGUGAGCUGCAGCCGUGUCACAACUGCCCGCGAGCCUUCCACCAGGACUGCCUCCAGCCGCCGCUCAAGACCCCGCCCGGGGGACCCUGGUACUGCCCCAAGUGCCGCAAGAAGGUUCUGAACAAGGAGAACAUGUCGUGGCCUCACAACUUCGUGCAGUCUUACGUCACGCACAAGACAGUGCGUCAGGAGGAGAAGCGGCGUCUGCUGCGACGAAACGUGGAGCUGAAGAAGGAGUGCGCUCACCUGGAGGAGGAAGACGACGAGCUCAACAAGACGCUCAAACGCUGCCUGGACCGGCGAGAUCGUCUGGCGGCGCAGCAGCGGGACACGCUGGCGUCGCUGGAGCGACUCAAAGCGCUCAUCGAGCUCAUCCAGGUCACCGUGACGACCGGCGCGGCCUCGGCCGCCUCCUCCUCCUCCUCCUCGCCGCGCUCGCCGUCCCGGAUGAAAAGCGGCGGGCCGUCGACCUCGCCCCUCCGGCCCUCUCGAGACGACGCGGCCGACUAGCCCCCCCCCCCCCGGCCGCGGCGCCCCCGGUGGCCGGCCGGCGAAUAAUUUUAUCUGUGACGACGGAAGUGUUUGGAAGACCUCUAGUGCUUACGAGAUUAGUUUUCGUUCUUGUUCGUCGGCCUUAAACGUGUUCUACUUGCCAGAAGCGAGCAGCUUUUUUCUUUUGCCAAAACUAUUCAGGAAGUAUUGAGAGAAGAAGAAGACAGUAUUUAAGAGCAAAGUACACCAACUAAGUAGUAUUUCGUUGUACAUAAACACGUUGACGGACGCUGAGCCCCGCAGAAUCAAACCGAAUCUUCGGACUCCAUUCGUCCAGCGCUUCACCGAUCUGACGAGGAAUGGCCCGCCCGUCUCGCAGUUCUAAGGCUCGCGGUGGGAAUCCGGCCUGUCCGUGUGGAGUUUGCAUGUUCUCCCCGUGUUCCAGUGGGCUUUUCCCAUCCACGUCAGCAUGUUAGCUUCAUUGAGCGCUCGAAACGGUCCGCAGGUGUGACAGACCGAUUGUCUUUAGGUGUUGGGAAGAUGACUUUGCAAAUGUACUUGCUUACAAUGACAAGUUGUUACAAUUCCAAUUCCAAGCCUGUUGAAAAUGGAAUCGGAGUGGAACUCUUUCAAAGUGGGAGAACGAAUGGCAUUUCAUGACAUUUCUUCAUUUUGAUGAAAGCAUCAGCAGGACACUUGAACGUUGCCUUGAAAAAAAAGUGGCUUGAAACCCAUCGUAACCUUUUUCAAGGUUGCACCAUGAGGUGGCGCCCGGAGGUCCUAUUUGGAAAAGUACGUCACGUUUGAGACACACGACCGGAGAGCGACAAUCAUAGGCGUCGGCUUUACAAAAAAUUGUCACGGUGGGCAUUUUCAAAAGCAAAUGUCAUGUCACGACAUAUUUUGUUGCGGAGUGCAACGCCGUCAAUGUUGUCAUGAAAGGAUGUCAUCUGCUUCCAUUUUGAACGAGUCACUCCCCGACGCUGAUGGCGACCGGUCCGUAGUUCGGCUACGCGCGCCCUGCGAUUGUCCGGCGACCGGUCCGGGGCGUCCCCUCCUCUCGCGACCCGUCACGAGGAGAAACGAGAUGGAUGAUUGGCCGGAUGCAUUCACAUGACAAAUAUGCCAAAAAGUCUUUUUUUUUUUCGACUGGAAUCCAUCAUAUCAGAGAUGUUUUUUUUUUUUUCUUUUUUUACUGUGUGUGUGUUUUGUUUUUGUUUUUGUUUUUGGGCGGGCCGCAGCCACACUGCCUAACGUGAGCGCUCGCUCGUCUUCCUGCGGAACAAAAACGCCUCCGUCGUAUCAGCGCCUGCGUUGGCGCCGCAGCGCCCCCCGCAGAUCGACGCCCUCGUUUCUUCUCCACCAAACCAGCAGCCCCCCUGGCCCACACACGCACGCACGCGGGGUCUUGUCCGGGAGAAACUGUGGUGCGAUGAAACAGAUCUAUUUUAUUAGCGCGCACCUUUGAACAAAGAACACUUCAAAAGGUUUUUCUAUUCUUUUAUCGAGCAGCAAAAACAAUAGAUGUCUCUCUUGUUUGGUUUGUGUCGACGCCACCGCGGGAGGUUGUGACUAGCGAGUAGACCGAGUGUUUUGUCUUCAAUAUGCCAACGUAGUACUUCACUUUUUUCUACCGACUUCGUACGAAAAAAACCCAAAACGAUUCCUGAAUAAACAUUUGAACUACAAAACACGUGACGGCUUUGUCCUCUUGUCAAACGCUGAUGACUGCCGUACUGCACGUGGCCUGCGGGGGCCAAGAAGCUUGCGUGCGCGUGUGCGGAAGUGUCUCGGAUUGGAUGUGAGAGUCCCUGUUUGUGUGUGCGAGGCUGUGAGAUUGUUCGCGCAAGACAAAUUGUGCCUCGCUUGUGGUGGUUUGUCAAGGUGCUAACUGCUUGCCGCGUCUUUGAUGUUCACAAGCGACACGUCAGAUUCUCGCAGAACGUUCCUCACUCGUGUCAAGCCACCGCGCACCCGGGGGGGGGGGGCGCCAGCCAACAACGGCGACGGGACGCCGCUCGUGCCGCUCGCCGGCUGGCUCCCGGAACGCACGAAAGGACGAGACGGACGGCGGCGAGACCCAGCGCUUUGCGUCGCCGCGAUGAGCAGCUCGACGAUGGCGCCCGCCAGUACUCAGGUGUCGUAUUGUUGAAUGAACUCGAAACACCCACUGAAAUGAGUGCAAAUGCAGUCGAUCUGUUCGCCCCUCCCCCUCCAAAAUUAAUAAUGCCGAAAAAGAGCGCUUUCAAAUUCUGCAUUUUAUAACAGCUCAGUAACGACAUAAGUAGAACGUAUAGCGUGAAACAGUUUGUGCAUCAUGAUGUAGUCAUGGUUUAAUCAGUUCAAUUCAUUGUGCUGCUCCUCUUGGUGUGCCCGGCCGGGCCACCGGGGGCAGUAUAAUACACACAUGACGAAGAGCCUUGUACUAUUCGGUGAAUUGCUGUGAUAUUGGUUAUUUGCUGUCGAGGAUAAAGGAUAUGUACCUGUGAGUUGAUAUACAUGUCAAUUACCAUUAGCACGUCAAUGGCGUUUUGCAUUGUUUGUUAGCAUUAAGCUCAGCGGACUUUCCCAAAGCAAGGCUAUGGGGUUGUUUGAAAUACAGCGGAACCCCGAUAUCAUUGCUAUCGGACAAAACGGACCGUCCGGACUGAAAAAUGUGUCCGAAAAUAGUUUCCAUUGGUCGCUCGAACUGCCGUUGGCAAAGUUUGUCAGUUCCAGAAUUGGCCACUGUUGUUUACUGGCGCUGCGGCGCCAAUCAGGCAGAGAAUGCGACGAGCAUAUUUCCGGGUCACAGAUCUACAAUAUGACGACAAUCCUCCCCUCCCCUCCCCUCCCCUCC